AUGGGUGACCUAAAAGCAAAAGUUGGCUUAGAAAAAAUUUAUGACGUUUUUGGUCCUCACGGAAAAGGUGAAAGAAAUGGAAGAGAAGAAAAUCUGUCACAAAAUGAUGAGAUCAAGGUCAGGUACAACGUUGAAGUACGGAAUCGUUUACGUUUAUUGAUAGAAAACGUAAAUAAAUCAAAACAUGAAAUACUUAAAGAUGCCCUCAUAGAAUCAUCAAAAAUGAUAUUUGUGACAGAGCUAAGAAAACGUCAAAAAUGGAUAGCAAAAUCCAUCAUAUCUCUAAUAAAUGACAGAUACAAAAGGCUGGACAAAACAUUCAAAAAAAUGAGCAUCUAG